GAGAAAUUAUCCCAUCGCCAGUGGUACUGUCCCAUCACACUAGAUUUGAUUAAGGAUCCGGUGGUACUCGGGAUUGACUGGGAGAAGGGCGAAGACGGACAUGGUUUUGUCCCCGGCCGUGUGGUGACGGUGAGACAGGGAGUUCGCCAGCUUAGAGCGGGUCUUGUCGCCGGUGCCCGGCGAGCAGUACUGCCCGGACGAAGAAGGGCGGACGAUCACGGGGCCGCUGGACCAAAUGCGGAAGGUGGAGGUUGGGUGCCGCAACAUAUAAAGUUGCGGCCAAACAUAUCCUGAGUAAAAACGUACCCACACCAGAGUUGUAAUGCAGAUUUGCAAAGACAGGAAGACUUGUAAUGCGCAUCCCCAUGAGAGCCAUUUCCAAUUGUGUUUUGGAAUUUGUGAUGCUGUGAACAGGAUGAGCAGAUGAAUCUGUGAUGCGGCUGCACUUGCUAACCUGCACUACUACACUGCAGAGUGCAACUUGUCAUGCGUGACUCACAAAACUCCUAGGUUUGUGUUGCAAAAUCCCCAUCCUGACUCUGGUGUGGGUACGUUUUUANAGAUGAAUCUGUGAUGCGGCUGCACUUGCUAACCUGCACUACUACACUGCAGAGUGCAACUUGUCAUGCGUGACUCACAAAACUCCUAGGUUUGUGUUGCAAAAUCCCCAUCCUGACUCUGGUGUGGGUACGUUUUUACUCAGGAUAAAACGUCAGGCAGGUACAGG